UGAUCAGCAUGGUCUCUAUGCUAUGUUUGUCUAAAGGUUGUCUUGUUGGUGAGAAGUUAGGUUUCUUAACCAGAAGAUAAGUUUAAACUGUUUCUUUUUACUACAAACAUACAAUUUAAAGGAAAACUGAUGAUCUUCAAAUUAUAUUAAAGUGGCAGAUGGUCUACAGAUAUGAUAUAUGCGACUGGGUUAGUUUCCCUGGGGUGUACGGUGGUAUGCAGGAGCCGCCUACCAUGGCACCUUCUGGCAGGAUGUCACAGGAGAUAUACAGCUACACCGCGAUACAAAGCUGUCAUUUUUGACAUGGGUGGCGUCCUGUUGCCGUCACCUUUCCACAAGGCGACAGAGUGGGAGCAGGAAAAUGGCAUCCCAGGUGGUACAAUCGCCCAGGCUAUCAAAACCGGUGGCGAGAACAAUUCCUGGAGGAAGUUCAUGCGUGGAGAGAUGGAUGCACAGCUCUUUGUGGAAGCCUUCAGCAAGGAGUGUGCAGACUUGGCUGGCCGCCCUGUCUCUGCUGCCUCCUUCGUUUCUGCCCUGACCAGUGGGCCCAUGGCUCAGACACACCCCGCCAUGAUGGAGGCCAUUCAGUGCAUCCGUGCCGAGGGCCUCAGGACUGCCGUCCUCAGCAACAACUUCUUCCUGUCAGACGGAAACUCGUACCUGCCGCUUGACCGCUCCCUGUUUGACGUGAUCGUGGAGUCAUGUCUGGAGGCUGUGUGCAAGCCGGAUCCCAGGAUCUACCACCUGUGCCUCGAGAGACUUGGAGUCUUGCCACAGGAAGCGGUGUUUCUGGAUGACAUUGGAUCCAAUGCCAAGGCUGCCGCCCAGCUGGGUCUGCAUGCAAUCAAGGUCAUGGGGCCUGACUCGGCAAUAAAGGAGCUCAGUGCAGUGCUAGGCUUCCCACUGGCAGGCUUUGUGAGGGGGACCCGCAGUGUGAGGAAGACCAUGCAGUUGCCUAUGGACCAGCUAACUCAUUACCUCCAAGAAGUCCUCCACUUGCCUAGCACAGAGCCGGUGACCCUGCGCCAGUUCUGCCACGGGCAGUCCAACCCCACCUACCUGGUGACCUGUGGGGGGCAACGUGUGGUUCUCAGGAAGAAGCCGCCGGGGAAGCUGCUGCCCUCAGCUCAUGCCGUGGAGAGGGAAUUCAGGGUCCUAAAGGCCCUUGGGCACGCUGGCGUGCCUGUCCCUGAGGUCAUCGCCCUCUGUGAGGACGCAAGUGUCCUUGGCACCCCCUUCUACCUGAUGCAGUACUGCCCAGGAAGGGUGUUCCAGGACCCCUCCCUGCCAGGCCUGAGCCCGCAGGAGCGGGGGGAGGUGUACCAGGCUAUGACACGCGUCCUCUGUCAGAUCCACAGCGUGGACAUUGAGGCUGCGGGGCUGUCCGACUUCGGCAAGCCAGGUGAGUACGUUGCACGGCAGGUGCACCGGUGGACGAAGCAGUACAGGGCCAGCGAGACGCGGCGUAUCCCCGCCAUGGAGCGGCUGAUGGAGUGGUUCCCACAACACCUGCCGAGGCUGCAGAGGAAUGCGGUGGUGCACGGGGAUUUCAGACUAGAUAACCUGGUGUUUGACGCUGAGAAGCCGGAGGUGGUAUCAGUCCUGGACUGGGAGCUGUCCACACUGGGGGACCCCCUCGCUGACCUGGCCUCCAGCUGCAUGGCCCACUACCUCCCCCCAGACUUCCCUGUCCUCAGAGGGAUUAGCCAGUGUGACCUGGCUGAAAUGGGCAUCCCCCCAGCAGAGGAAAUCUUCAGCCAGUACGCCAGGGCCAUGGGACUGGGCAGCAUAGAUGACUGGCAGCUGUACAUGGCCUUCUCCUUCUUCAGGGUGGCAGCCAUCCUGCAGGGUGUCUACCAGCGCUCCCUGAAAGGACAGGCGAGCUCUGCCAGUGCUGGAAGUGUGGGUCAGCUGGCUGAGCAGAUGGCAGAUCUGGCCUGGGACUUUGCCACUAAGGAGGGCUUCCACAUCUUCAACGCUCUGCCCCGGGGGCCCCAACCAGGGGAUGGCCCCUCCUCUCAGAGGCGGAGUUUCUGUACCAGGGUGGGAUCUCCACAGGCCACGCCCCCUCAUAUGAGCUCCGCCCCUAGGGAUCCCUCUCGGCCCCAGCAUUGCUCAGGAGCCGCUGGUCUUUUAGUGGUCUCACCUGAGGGUCUGCCUCCGCGGGUCCAGGAGCUGCACCGUCACCUGUGGCAGUUUGUGAACGAACGAAUCCUCCCCAUGGAGCAGCACCUGAGAGACCACCAGCUGUCCCCUGAUGGGUGGAGCCCCCACCCCCUCAUUGAGGAGCUGAAGGGACUGGCCAAGGCUCAGGGCCUCUGGAACCUUUUUAUCCCUGUCGAGAUGGACCCCGAGGGUCACUAUGGGGCAGGACUGACAAACAUGGAGUAUGCCUACCUGGCCGAGAUCAUGGGGCACUCGGUAUAUGCUCCUGAGGUGUUUAACUGCUCUGCCCCAGACACCGGCAACAUGGAGGUGCUGAUUCGCUACGGGACCCAGCAGCAACAGGAGCAGUGGCUGCACCCCCUGCUGGACGGCACCAUCCGCUCCUGCUUCGCCAUGACAGAGCCCAAUGUGGCUUCUUCUGAUGCAACCAAUAUCCAAGCCUCCAUCACAGAGGACAAGGACUCCUACAUUCUCAAUGGACGCAAGUGGUGGACUUCAGGUGCCCUGGACCCUCGCUGCAAGCUGUGCAUCUUCAUGGGAAAGACGGACCCCUCGGCUGCCCGUCACCGACAGCAGUCCAUGGUUCUUGUUCCCAUGGACACCCCUGGGGUGACGGUGCUCCGACCCCUGUCUGUAUAUGGGAUGCAGGACCCCCCUGGGGGCCACGCCGAGCUCCAGUUUGACAAUGUUCGUGUGCCACGGAGCAACAUACUCUUGGGUCCUGGCCGGGGAUUUGAGAUUGCCCAGGGUCGUUUGGGGCCAGGUCGUAUUCACCACUGCAUGCGACUGGUGGGACAUGCCGAGAGGGCCCUGGCACUCAUGAAGGAGCGGGUGAGAACACGUGUGGCUUUCGGCAGGCCUCUAGUGGAGCAGGGCACUAUCCUGGCCAGUAUAGCCCAGUCCCGCUUGGAGAUUGAACAAGCCAGGCUCCUGGUGCUCAAGGCUGCUCUCCUCAUGGACACAGUGGGGAACAAGGUGAGCAGACCUCCAUCUGUGGGCCAUGACCCCAUAAGCCAGAAGGUGAGCAGGCCUGCAUCUGUGGGCCAUGACCCCAUAAGCCAGAAGGUGAGCAGGCCUGCAUCUGUGGGCCAUGACCCCAUAAGCCAGAAGGUGAGCAGGCCUGCAUCUGUGGGCCAUGACCCCAUAAGGCAGAAGUUUGUCUCAGCUGACACUUUUCCAAGCUUCGGUGUCAGUAAUAAUAUUCAGGUUGCAAAGGACCAUGGGUAG